UCUCUGACAGGAGGAAGAAGCUCUUGACUGGCAGCCGGGAUCCAACCUUCAAAAGCCGGCUGAUCUGUUUUCGCUCCUUCCUUUCAGAAACACCUGGAUCCAUGGCUCACAAAGGGAUGAACCUCUGCCAUGUGUGCUGCCUGCUGCUCUACGUUAUCACGGCGGUGCUGGCCGGGCGAGAUUUUUAUAAGAUUUUGGGGGUGAGCAAGAGUGCAUCAAUCAGGGACAUAAAGAAGGCCUACAGAAAGCUGGCUCUGCAGCUACACCCCGACAGAAACCCGGACGACCCAAAAGCUCAGGAUAAAUUUGCAGAUUUGGGAGCAGCUUAUGAGGUGCUUUCAGACGAGGAGAAAAGGAAACAGUAUGACACGUACGGAGAGGACGGACUCAAAGAGGGUCACCACAGCUCACACAACGACAUCUUCUCCAGCUUCUUUGGUGACUUCGGGUUCAUGUUUGGCGGUAACCGACAGCAACAGGACAGGAACAUCCCCAGAGGAAAUGACAUCAUACUAGACCUGGAGGUCACGCUUGAAGAGGUGUACUCUGGGAACUUUGUGGAGGUUGUGCGUAACAAGCCUGUAGCCAAAGAGGCCCCCGGCAAGAGGAAGUGCAACUGCAGACAGGAAAUGAGGACGACGCAGCUCGGACCUGGACGCUUCCAGAUGACUCAGGAGAUGGUGUGCGACGAGUGUCCCAAUGUAAAGCUGGUAAACGAAGAGAGGACCUUGGAGGUAGAAAUUGAACAGGGAGUGAGGGACGAAAUGGAGUACCCUUUUAUUGGAGAAGGGGAACCUCACAUCGACGGGGAACCUGGAGAUCUGCGAUUCCGCAUCAAAGUGUUGAAACAUCCUGUGUUCGAACGCAGAGGAGACGACCUGUACACCAACGUCACCAUCUCCCUGGUGGAGGCGCUGGUCGGCUUCGAGAUGGACGUCGUACAUUUGGAUGGACACAAGGUCCACAUAGUGAGAGAUAAGGUCACUAAGCCCGGAGCUCGAAUGUGGAAGAAAGGAGAGGGUCUGCCGAACUUCGACAACAUCAACAUCCGAGGUUCGCUCAUCAUCACCUUCGAUGUGGAGUUCCCUCAGACGCAGCUCGAUGAUCAGCAGAAAGACGGUAUCCGCAGUCUUCUGAAGCAGGGAUCUGUACAGAAGGUUUAUAACGGACUACAAGGAUACUAACACACCAACAGCCUGAACUGAGUUAUCUGACACACACACACACACACACACACACACACACAGAUUCAGACACCCACACACACACACACACACACACACACACACAUCCUCAAUCAACAGGACCUCGCUCCACGAUUCUGGCCAGGGUGUAUUUAUUAUUUUCAGAUUGUUCUCAGGAUGGCUCAAACCCAAUUUGUUUUUAAUGUCCCACGUUUUGACAGCCGCGGCACAGUUGCAGAUGUUUUAUUUGCGUGUAUAAACGGAGAGGAUUUCGUG